AUGGUAGCAGAAACAAAACUCUACGACGCCCUCUCCGUCUCUCCUACAGCCACCCAAGAUGAAAUCAAGAAAGCAUAUCGAAAAGCUGCAUUGAAGUUCCACCCAGACAAGAACAAAGACAACCCAAAUGCAGCAGAAAAAUUCAAAGAAGUGUCACAAGCCUAUGAGGUGUUAUCAGAUCCAGAGAAGCGGAAGGUGUACGACCAAUAUGGCUUAGAGUUCCUAUUAAGAGGAGGACAGGCUCCUCCUCCAGGUGCUGAGGGCAUGGACGGCGGCAUGCCCGGAGGUGGAUUUGGAGGAGGUAUGCCUGGUGGCUUCAGUUUUGGUGGAAUGCCUGGCGGCGGUACUCGCUCAUUCCACUUCAGUACAAACGGGGGCCAAGGCUUCAGCUUUUCAGAUCCCAACGACAUUUUCUCGAGCUUCGCUCGUGGUGGUGCAGGUGGCGGCGGAGCUGCUGGUGCCGAUGAUGAUGACAUCUUCAACUUAUUGGGCGGUGCGUUUGGAGGCGGUCGCGGGGGUCCUCGAAGGAGUGCCGGCGGAUUUGGAAGCUCUUUCGGUGGUGGGCAACCCCGACCCCAGACACCUGAAGUCACGGUCGUUGAACGACAACUACCAGUGACGCUCGAGGAGCUGUCCAAGGGAGCGCACAAGAAGAUGAAAAUUAAGAGAAAGACAUUCAACUCUCAAGGCCAGCGGGUGACCGAAGACAAAAUACUCGAAAUGGACAUCAAGCCUGGUCUGAAGGCGGGGUCCAAGAUUAAAUUCUCUGGUGUGGGAGAUCAAGAGGAAGGCGGAACGCAAGAUCUUCAUUUCAUCGUCACCGAGAAACCUCAUGCAACACUCACACGGGAUGGCGACGAUUUGAAGACAACAAUCGAGUUAGAUCUGAAGGAGGCACUUACCGGAUGGAAACGAACGGUCACGACGAUUGAUGGAAAACAGCUGAAUGUCUCCGGCGCUGGGCCAACCCAGCCAGGUUACGAAGAACGAUUCCCUGGCCUCGGCAUGCCGAUCAGCAAGAAGCCGGGCGAGAGAGGAGAUUUUGUGGUCCAGGUCAAGGUCAAUUUCCCUCGUUCAUUGACUGCAGCACAAAAGGCGAAGAUCAAGGAAGCCCUGCCAUAG